UGUCAUUGCAGCCCACAGCACCUCCACUGGCAAUGCCCCUCAAAUCUGUCCAGGUAAAUGAAUGCGUUCUUCAAACCUAUGAAUUCUAUGUGAUUUGUCUUCUUUUAGGAUUUAGGUGAGUUUUGCAAGUUGUCCAUUAUGCUUAAUUUUAUUCUUUCUUGUUGAAAUUAGGAAGUGAAAAAAUAUCAGGAAUGAAGAAAGAGGGAGACUCAAUUAUCUUCCUCAUUUUGUCUCUUGUUUGAUUGAGAAAUAUGUACUUAGUUUCCCUGAAAAGAGAUUCCAAUUUCCAAAAAUUGAACCGUACAAGAUUUGCAUGCUGGUCACUCUCGAUUUUUUUUCCUUUUCUCUCAAAGGAGAAGAAUGAAGGAAACAAAUUUCACUCAUUCCAAAUUUAAAUACCUUCAAUGGUCAAUUGGAGAAAAUGGUCAUAAUGUUGAAUUAUUACUUAAUUUAGUGUUUACCAAAUUUAAAUUUUUGUGAUCUUUGUGUAGAUCGAUCGUAGUUGGAUGUAUGAAAGGACUAAUUUUGGUCGAAUGGGAAUGAAGCCUGAAUUUGUAGAAGGUGUUGAUGGUUUUGUGGAGUAUGCAAUGACACUAGAAACUUUUCAACUUAGUAGCUUGGUCAAGUGUCCUUGUAAGAAAUGUAAAUGUAUGAAUUAUGAAAAACCAGAGAUUGUUAAGUUUCAUCUCUAUCGAAAUGGGUUUAAAGCAGACUAUACAGUGUGGACUAGUCAUGGAGAAAUCGAUAAUAGUUUUGAUAGAUUUCAACACUAUGUUGUUGGUGAAAGUAGUAAGGCAAUGAAACCUAAUGUCCAAAAUUCUAGAAUGCACUACAUGGUUAAGGAUGCGUACGGGAUGCAUUCUGAUUUUGAAUUUCGCGACCAUGUUGAAGAAGCUCCCAAUGAUGAAUCUGGAAUUUUCUUUGAAAAAUUGGAAGUUGCUAGUCGGCCUUUAUAUGAGGGGAGUCCACAUCGGGAGAUCGAUUCGAGGUUCAAGCAGAUAAACGAGGUUGGCAAGAAGGUCCAAGCAACUACUAAGGGUGGCUCUCUACACCCAAUUGGGGUUCAGAGCCAAGGGAAUGUGAAGAGGAAAUUGGAAAAGAAGCUGGGGAGGCCGGUAACUCAGGCAAAGGCAUUGAAGACUACACGCAAAAGGAAGAAGAAAAACCCCGGAGAUCCAGACGUUUGGGUUCCUCAACUGACCUACAAUCACUACAUGCAAUCCGUUGAGGAUUACCGUCAGAUUCAACUAGAUGAUAGAAGAGGUAUGCCACUGAGCCAAGAGAAAACUGAGAGAAUGUGGCUAGACUCGGUUGGUGGGCAUUCUUAUGACAUACCCCAGCGACCCUUUCAUGAAUUUCAUUCGGAGGUAGAAGGCCCAGGUAGUUCCAGUAUGCUUGGUCAAGGAGAAGAUUUUGGAACAGAAGAUAGCUAAGCUAUGUAGCCAAGUCGAAGUCUCGCGGGCAAGGGAAAGGCAGAGGGACAUAGAGCAUGCAGGGCUGAAGGCCCAAUUAGAUGCACUACUUGCUUUGGUUGCUUCGGGGUGGAUUCCCCCUUGUCGCAGUGAUGUAGUUUGCCCUCCUCGUCUUUUCCAGUCUCGACUAAUCCAACAUCAAAUAUAUGGUCAGUACAGAGGUUUGACCGAUGAGCACAGCAGUGAUGAGGAUCAUGUGGCAAACAUACCUCCUCAUUAUUGAAUUUUAGAGUUGUAUUAGAUAAUCUAAACUAUGUACUUUAUGGUGGUGUUUAAGACUUAUUUUGUGUUUUCUGAAUGAAUGAGAACAUUGAAGUAGUUUGAAAUCUAGUACAGCUUACGACUUUUUUGCUUUUUCCAUUCAAUUUCGAAGUACUUUAAAGUUGAUUUUCGAGUAGUCUUGAUUGGAGAAUAUUAGCACAUGUAUUUAUUGUAGUUUGGUUGAUUGUUGGCAGCUCUUUGAGCUUGAUUUUAGCUAAUAGAAUGUACAUAUUAUUUAAUUGAAUUAAAAUGGAUGUUGUGCAGCCGCAAAAGCAAC